GAAGACUUAGAGGUAGUGGGACCAAGCAUUCAUGGAAGGAAGCAACUGCGAAGACUACAAGCACACAAGAGUGGACUUUGGGUCCAUAUUCGAACACCAACCCACGUUCGAAUGCACCUGCAAAUCAAACAAAAUCUCCAAAAUGGAUGCUAGGCUACAUGAUGUUGAUUGUUGGACUGCGGAGUGUCGAGGUUGCAUUUAUUACCACGUUCAAAUACCAGGUUCACGUUCGAACGCCAACAAAGAUUAGAAAGUCCCUGGUUCUGUACUUUCAGCUAGAAUUUUGA